ACAUCAUAAGUACCUCUACCUAUGUACUUGACAUUUCGAAUCAAUUUUCAGUAAUGAAAGCAUAGCAUCUACAGGAGAACUAGUAACUAUAAGCACCAACGAGGAACUUGAAAGCACACAGAUCAGUAACGUUCCUGCUACGCUACAAAAGUUUACUUUUGGUUCGAAUGGAUGUAUUGAACGUAAUGAUAUAUACGAACAAGAAUGGUGUUCAAAGUAUACAUCUGAUUGGAAUGACAUUUUCAACAAGCCAAUUAAUACUAUCGACCUGAUCUGUUGGUCAUUCCAUGUUGCUUGUGGAAUGGAAUACUUAGCUAGUCGUAAGAUUUUACACGGUGAUUUAGCUGCCAGAAAUAUACUUCUAGCAAAAGGGAAUAUCGCGAAAAUCUGUGACUUUGGCCUCGCCAAGAGUAUGUAUGAAAAUGAGCUAUAUAAGAGCAGUAAAACCAUAUUCCCUGUCAAAUGGAUGGCUAUCGAAUCCCUACAAGAUAGGAUAUUUUCAACGCAAUCUGACGUGUGGUCUUUUGGUAUUACCAUGUGGGAAUUUUUCUCAUUGGCAGUAAUACCUUAUCCAGAUUUGGACAAUUCGGAAGUAUACAAAAAAUUGGUUUCUGGCUACAGAUUGGAGAAACCAAAAUUCGCUACGAGUAAAAUAUACAACAUCAUGAAGGAUUGCUGGAGAGAGCACCCUAAGCAACGACCAUCAUUCGACGAAAUAGUUCAAAAACUUGGAGAUAUUCUCGAACCUCCUACAAGUCCUACACAAUCUCGAACGAUUUUAAACGCACCCAUAGUCAAGAAUCCCGAUGUGGUUGAGAAUCAGUUGGAAUUGAUUAAUUUUUCGGGAUAGUUAUGAUUAUGAAGCUCAAACAUGGUUGUAAACAGCAAUGUGAUACUUUUCAUUUAAUACAUAAAACUAUAUGAACUAUAGUACUAAAUUCAUUCGUUUACUGACUCUGUAAUUACACUCAUCACUGCACUAGUUUCCAUUGUUUGCCUUUGAAUUUGGGAUUAUUUUUUUCUCACCAAGAAAUUUGGUAUAGAUGUUCAUCACUGAUUUGAAUGGGAACGUGGAUUCCCUAAAAUUGAUAUACUUUUUUUUUGUUAACGUGUAUCUACCUUUAAAAAUGAUGAAAAUCAGUUCGUUAAGAAUGAAAAUGAACCUACAAUGAGUAAGCACGCGUUUUUCUAAUCUUUCUGACAAAAAGCUAAUUUGAAAUGGUCAGAAAAAAUCCUGAUAUUU